AAAAACUGAAGUUUAUUAAUAUUAAAGAAACUUCAAGAAAAAAGACACAGUGGUUGGUGUUUUGAUACGAAACUAACGUGAAGUGAUACCGAGGCUAUAUAACAGCAGCAGUGAAACAUAAAUAAUAAUUUGCUCCAAAAUGGAUGCUAAUAGUGGUGAGAAGUAUCUUUAUUUUAGUAAAUGAUGAUCCCAAGGUCAUCAUCAUCGACGACAGCUUCCUCAAAGGUGAGAUCGUCUCGAGAAUUCUGUCAGGAACGGCUUUGCUGUCCCCAGGACCGGACGGAAGCUGAUUUCAGAUGUGAUAAAUGUGGUACACUUCAAUGUAAGGACUGUGAAAAAACCAUACAUCACAAUUCUAAGUUUGUAUGUCAUGAAAGACAGCCAUUGGCACCACCACCGUCGUCAAAGCUUUGCGCUAGUUCGUUUUGUGACAACAAGAACUAUGCUGAUGUCCGCUGUGAAGAUUGUCAAUUAAAUUUGUGCUACCAGUGCAAUGAAGCCUUGCAUCGCUCUAAUAGCAGACGGUGCUCCCAUAGGCGACUUCGCUUCCGUGACUACGAGAAAAAAGCUCAGCAACCAACCUUAGUUUCAUUAGUGCACCCAACUCCUAAUACAAGUUCACUUCCUCAAUGUUCAGAUCAAAGCCAGCCAGCCACUCUGCUACUUCAAACAACGAGCAAUAAUAAUAAUAGCACCAUUUCUAACACGGCAAGUGCAGCCACAGUGUUUACUUGUAAUCCAAUUAUUAAACCUUUAUCUCCGAUCGGUGACAAUGAUGAUUCCCUAACUUAUGUGACUCUGCCACAAGAGCUUGCACAAACUCUGCCCGAAACAGAAAUGUCCUUCUCUAGUGCCCAUUCUGAUUCUAGUAUACAAAGUAUUCCUGAUGUGUGUAUCAACGAAAAAGAUAUGGCGACAACCUCGAAGGAAGUUGACAAAAAACUACCCCAACCGGGCUCCACUGCUCAAAACAAAAACAAAGUGUCUUACGAUGAAUGUGUUUGCUUCAAACUUGUUGACGAAGAAGAAAAACUGCUCAUUGAAAGUGAGGAAGAUCUACUUAAGAGACUUGGAUGUAACGUAAACUGUCUUGUGAAAGUUAUUUCUAUAUUUGGCAACACUGGUGAUGGCAAAUCUCAUACACUCAACCACACUUUUUUCCAUGGUAAAGAGGUGUUUCCAACUUCAACAUCUCAGGACUCCUGCACCAUAGGAGUUUGGGCAGCUUAUGAUCCAAUAAACAAAGCAGUAAUCAUAGACACUGAAGGUAUGUUGGGUGUGACAAAAAACCAAAACCAAAGAACACGCCUUCUACUCAAAGUCCUUGCUGUCUCUGACAUUGUUAUCUACAGAACACGUGCUGAGCGCCUGCACAAUGAUCUCUUUUACUUUCUCGGUGACGCUUCUAAUGCAUAUGGGAAACAUUUUGCAGAAGAGCUGAAAGCAGCGAAUAAACGGUGCAAUUUGAACCUCUCCCUCUCUACUAUGGGACCAAGUGUAAUCAUCUUUCAUGAAACCAUGCAUACCAAAGUUUUACGGACAGAUGGCAAUCCAAUUGAAAUGGCUCUGAGAGAACGAUUCAAAAAGUUAGAUUGCAGUUUUGAAAGCUUUAGUGAUCUGAAAUAUGUUGGCAUUCAAACGCAGGUGCCACCUACAGAUUUUGGGGUUUUACGCAGAGUUGUUCAGGAACAAUUGAAUAAUCGAUCGAUCAGGUCACCAAGGAAACCGGAGAUUAUAUUCAAAGUUCUUAAAGUUCUGAAUGGUAAAUUUAGUGGAGAAAUAGAAAAACCAGAUGCCCUCACAUUCCCAGACCAGUACUUCACUUGUACUUCAAAAUGUCUUUCUUGUAGCACCCGAUGUAUUCGAAGUAUGAACCAUGAGCUGGAUCAUUUACCUCAUGAGACAGAGAAGGGAAGAAACUGUCAAUACCAACAUCAAUAUGAAAACAAGGUUUAUUUAUGUAAACAAUGCUAUUUUAAAAGUGGUAAAAAUAUUGUUGUUGUCCCUAAAACCUCUGCAUCAUCAGAUAAUGCUUGGCUUGGUUUUGCUAAGUAUGUUUGGUCAGGGUAUGUGUUGGAAUGCCCAAACUGUGGUAUUAUUUAUCGUAGCCAUGAAUAUUGGUAUGGCAAUCAGGAUAUUGAACAAGUUGUACAAGUGAUGGUCAGUCAUAUCUGGCCAGGUGACCAACGCAACAUGCAAGGGGCCCACAACGCUGCUCGAAAAUUGCUUGAUGGACUUCAUUAUGUUGCUGACACUGUGACUAGUGUUGGUGCUAAACCUACCAAAGUGCUAGCUGACUGGAUGACAGACCAAAUUGCACCAAGCUAUUGGAUUCCUAAUGCACUUAUUGCUCACUGUACAAAUUGUGAGAAAUUAUUUGAAGGGAAUGAGCAGAAGCAUCAUUGCCGAGCUUGUGGGAAAGGCUUUUGUGAUAGCUGCUCAAGUCACAAGGACCCUGUACCUGAACGAGGCUGGGGAGAUACAUUAGUGAGAACCUGUGAUAAAUGUCAUCUAGAAAGAAAUAAUGUUACCAAGCACAAACCAUCAACAAGUCCAUCUCACUCAACACCAGUGACCGCACGCAAAGUUGGUGAAGUUUUGGGAAGUACUAUUGGUGCAGUAGCUUCCAUUGUUGAUUAUCCUUUAGGAAUUAUCAAAGACAGUGUACGUCCAGCGUAUUGGAUUCCCGAUGAAACAGUAACACAAUGUGCAGUGUGUAAUACAGAAUUUGGUCCUAAAGUAUCUAAACAUCAUUGCCGUGACUGUGGUAAGGUGGUUUGCCACAAAUGCUCUCCAAACAAGUACUCUGUACCACAUCGAGGUUGGGACUAUCCUGUUAGAGUGUGUCAAAGCUGUGAGGGGAACAGCUCUGCUAAUCUAUGCUAACAGAACUACAUAACCAGAAGAAUUCAAUCAAGACAUUCAUUUAGAAAUGACAUGACACUAACUGUGGCCUUUUCUUCAUAAACGACUCUUUCAAGUUGAAAUCAUCCCUGAUUGUCUUAUACUGACCACUGCUGUAUCACGACACAGACAUUGACGCAUUCUUCAACUCAGUCGAACAUUACAUUAACAACAAAGAACUUCGAAAGCUUUCUGGGCCAAAUUUUGAAAUAUUUCUCAAAUCUUAGGUGGCCAUUUGAACAAUAUUUUGAAUAAUGAUAAUAAUAAUAAUGAUAAGAAUAAUAAUCCUAAUAAUGAUUAUGAUGUUUGUCUUGGUAUAAAAGAUGGGCUAUAGCAAAUAUUCUGCUCAAUACCACAGAUUUACUUGUGAGUUGUUUGACCUUAACUAGUUGAGCAUGUCCCUUAGUGGCUGACGAUAUGUGCAUCUCUGAUCACAAGCAGAAGUUGUAUGGGAGCAUCAUAGUCAUGUGUUGAGAGAAAUUCUUUGGGGUUUGAAUAAUUUACCUCUGGAAACAUAGGUGUUUCAUUCAUCAUCCUUAAACAACCUUUAUUCAGUAACCUUUUUAGUAGGAUGGUCUACUCAACCUGAAGAAAAUUCUAACUGGGCCGGCCCCCACCUGCAAGGUCACACACUGUUUAUCUUGAUAUGAAAUCACCAUGUUGUGCACAUAUGGUUGUGAUGCAUGUGCUUGUUGUACUCUUAUCAAAUGGGUAGUCAUGAUGGGUAUAUUGGGCUUCAUAUAUUUGUACCCCAGUGUCACUUUGAUGGCAUGCGCUGCUCUCUCACUCAGUGAUGAUAAUAAUAAUAAUAAUAAUAAGUGAAAAGGGAAAUGAAGAAAGCUUCUAACCUCUGCAUUGUUAGAAGCUUAAUUCAUUUCCAUUUUUAUUUAUUAUUCUACUUCUGUACUACAAUGUUUCAAGCAAACUACAACACUUAUUAUUAGGUGAGCUGGCAGAAUUGUUAGCAUGCUGGGUGAAAUGCUUAGCUGUAUUUCGUCCGUCUUCAUGUUCUAAGUUCAAAUUCCAUCGAGGUCGCUUUUGCCUUUCAUCCUUUUGGGGUCAAUAAAAAAAAGUGCCAGUUGAGUGCUGGUGUCAAUGUAAUCCACUUGCCCUACCCCCGAAGUUGCUGGCCUUGUGCCAAAAUUUGAAAUCAUUAUUAUUAAUAUUAGGUGGCAAGCUUGCAGAAUUGUUAGCACGUCAGGCAAAAUGCUUAGUGCCAUUUCGUCUACUUUGACAUUCUGAGUUCAAAUUCCGCGAAGGUUGAUUUUGCCUUUCAUCCUUUGUGGGGGUCAAUAAAUUAAGUAUCAGUUGAGCACAGGGGUUGAUGUAAUUGACUAAUCCCUUCCCCACCAAAUUUCAGGCUUUGUGCCUAUAAUAGAAAGGAUUAUUAUUAUUAUUAAGUUCCAUCCCUAUUUUUAGUGGAUAAAAUAAAGUACCAGAGUGGUACUAGGAUCAAUGUAAUCAACUAACCCCUCUUCUGACUUUUUGCCUAAAUCAGAAACUAUCAUCAUUAUUUUAUUAUUAUUUUAAUAAGAAUUGUUAAAGCUUUGGGACCUCUGCCUUGCAGUAUUUGUUCUAGCUCUUUAUGUUCUGAGUUCAAAUUCCAACAGGGUCAGCUUAGUUUUCAUCCUUUUGGGAGAUCAAUGAAAUAAAGUAACAGUCUAAUACUGGGGCUAAUGAUAUUGCCUGAUUCCCUCCCUACAAAACUGCUGGCCUUGUACCUAAAUUAGAAAUUUAUUAUUAUUAUUAAAGCACUGAACAAGAAGCCUAGUGGUAUGCAUUCUAAAUUUAAAUCACACUGCAGUCAACCUUUAGACCUUUUCAUGUCAGUGAAAUACCAACGAAGUUCGGAGGGGGCGGUCAAGCUAAUCAACUUCCCUCUCCCCAAACAAAUUUCUGGCUAUCUACCUAUGUCAGAAUCAAUUAUCAUUAAAUUGUUGAGGUAGCAGAAGUAAUGAAGUGCUGGAUUGAAUGAAGCAUAGAUUUAGUUCUCCCUAUCCAAAUCUUGUGGAACAAAACUAAAAUUAGUACCAGGCCAGGCUUGUAUUGGGAUCAGUUUAACUAAGUGUACAUGCCCUCUUAAAAUUUGUGGCCUUGUACUCAUGUGAGAAUGAUGAUGAUUAUUGUUAUUAUUAUUAUUAUUAGUGGCAGUUCUUCCGACUCUACAUUCUGAGUUCAAAAUCCUGUGUGGUUGACUUUCAUCUUUUGUGGUUGAUAAACUAAGUACCAGUUGCGCACUGGGAUCUAUGUAAUCAACUUCCCCUUCCCCUCAUUUUCUGGCCUUGUGCCAAAAUUUGAAAGAAUAAUAAUAAUUAUUAUUAUUAUUGUUGGCAGUUAAGGCAGUGAGGUGGUAGAAUCGUUAGCACCCCAGACAAAGAAGCUUUGUGGCAUUUCAUCCGUCUUCAUGUUCUGAGUUCAAAUUCCACUGAGGUUGACUUUGCCUUUCAUUUUUUUGGGGUUGAUAAAAUAAGUACCAGUUGAGUACUGGGGUUGAGGUCGUUGACUUACCCUCCCACACCCAAAUCUGCAACCAUUAUUAUUGUGGGCAGUGAACUGUAUUUGGAUACCAAGUUAAGUGCUUAACAAUAUUUAGUUAUAUCCCUUUACAUUCUUAAAAUGAAAUCCUGACAGGUCAAUUUGGUUUUCUUUCCAUUUGGAGAUGAUAAAAUAAAAGCUAGAAAUGUAACUUUCAUCACACAUUUUUUUGGUUCUAUAGCAAAGUUAAAAAAAAACUGAAAAAACCUUAUUAUUGCCAACCUGUUUCUGUUAUCCUUUCUGUAAAUGUUAUAGAUUUAUUUAGUAAGAGACUUCACUGUUGAAGUCAUGUUGGAGCUGGUUUUAUCUUUCACUAGAGUUAAAAUUUGUACAGCUAUUGUACUGAGUCUCCUGAAUAAGUUGGUUUAACAGAUUAACAAGAAAUUGUUAUUUUGUUUGUUUAUUUCUGUAUGUAUCAGCAUGAGUUCUAAAUUAUUUAGAAAUUUCAUGUCAUUGCACAUCCAGUCUUUCUAAAUAUUCUAAGGAAUCAAGAAAAUAUUUCCUGGAACUAAAACUUAAAUCACUACCAAUAAUAAUAGUAAUAAUAAUAAUAAAUGCCCGGAUGCAGUACCAGUCACUGGCUCUCAUGGUUUCUGAUCUUAAUUGAUUGGAAGUGUUAUCAUGUACAUUGUUUUGUCUUGGUAUAAAAGAUGGGCUACAGCAAAUAUUCUGCUCAAUACCACAGAUUUGCUUGUCAGUUGUUUGACCAUAACCAGUUGAACAUGUCCCUUGGUGGCUGAUAAUAUGUGCAUCUCUGAUCGUGAGCAGAAGUAGUGGGGGAGCAUCAUAGUCAUGUGUUGAGAGGAGUUUUUUGGGGUUUGAAUAAUUCACCUUUGGAAACAUGGGUGUUUUGCUCAACAUCCUUAAACAAACCAUAUUCAGGGACCUUUUGAGCGAGAUGGGUUACUCGACCUGAAAAAAAUUCUAACUGGGUUCCACCUGCAAGGUCAUGCGCUGUUUAUCUUGAUAUAAGAUCACCAUGUCGCGCACAUAUGGUUGUGAUGCAUGUGCCUGGUGUACCCUUGUCAGACGGGUAGUCAUGAUGGGUAUAUUGGGCUUUGUAUAUUUGUACCCCAGUGUCACUUUGAUGGCAUGCACUGCUCUUUCACUCAAUAAUAAUAUUUAGUAUAUAAAGUAAGUUAGCCUUUGACCCUUGGCAGUUCUAAAAUUACACACAUCUAUAUAGUUUACAAGUUCACUAAACUGCUCUAAUUUUCUGAAUGAUUUUGUAUAAUUUUACAUUGGAUUUUUGUUUUAAGGUUCCCUUCUGGUGUAGAAUAUAAUAUAUUGAAGAAAAAACGGUAACUAAGUUGUGUUGUUAUUGAUGUGUAGAUCCAGUCAGCUUUGUAUGACUAGAGCCCUUAUGUUUCAAAAGUACCCUGCUGAAUGCAUUGCUAUUAAGCUACAAGUCCUUCAUCUGAGAUAUGCAGCUACCAGCUGUCUGUGUUGGUUGGGGUUGAUCUCCAACAUUCAAUUUGGCAUUCUAAUUGUGGCCAUUCCAUAAUUACUUAGGGUCAUGCCUGUAAGGAUUAAAGAAGUAAAACAAAUCUGGUCACUAUUCUAGGGUAUUUAUUGAAGUAGAUUGGGUUGCUGUUUGAGCAUUUCAAGGGACAAGCUCCCAUCUACUGGCUGGACUAAACUAUUUUGUUAAUGAAAACAAAACAAAAUGUUGUUUUCAAACAAGGCACGGUCUUGAGGAGAUAAGUACAACCUAGUUUUGUUUUCCACUUGUAACAUUUCACUUCCACAUGUCCCUGACAAAGAUCUGGACAUCAUCCUACGAUGUUUUUCUCCUGUUUUCUAAACCUGAUGUUGUGCCUACAUUAGAAAAACAAAUCUAUGUGACAUCUAUCUGCCACUCUGUUUUGAAUUCAAAUCCUGUUAUGGUUGACUUUACAUUUCAUCAAAUUGAAAUUGAUAAAUAACUACCAGUGAUAUUCUGGGUUUAUUUAAAUGGCAAUAUCCUUUCCCUAUCAAUGUAGGCAUUGUUCCUCGUUAAAUGAAACCAAUAUUAAAUAACCCCAUCCCUCAUUUUUGUUGUUGUCUUUAGUCACAACUAUAAUCAGUCCUUCCUGCUAAUAAAAUCUCAUUGCUCAUAA